CAGACAAAAUCCCGCCAGGCACACCACAACACAUUUCGCCUACGGGCGACGCGACGACGACAUAAUGGCGGAGAAGGUCACUAAAUCUGGUCGAGUGGUCCUACCUUCGGGCGAAUCGAUCAUUCCAUCAUCGACCCGAGCAGACGGCUCCGUGCGAAAAGCGAUAAAAGUCAAGCCAGGCUACAAACCACCAGAGGAUGUCGAAGUCUACAAGAAUCGAAGUGCAGAAAGCUGGAAAAAUCGCGGGAGCGGAGGCGUGCCUGGAGCCGCUGCUGCGAACGAAGAGCAGAGCAUUCCACCACUGAAAGCUGCCGCAAACGCCAAACGACGGGAACGAGAAAAGGCGAAGAAGGCCGAAGAGGCUGCUGCGAAAGCAAAGGCUGAGGAUUCUAAGCAGCAGGAUGCUAAGAUUGCGGAGCCCGUGGACCCAGAGGCAGAAAAAGUGAAGGAGGCACGAAAGCUCGCCAAGAAGUUGCGACAGGCGAGAGAGCUGAAGGACAAGAAAGAGAGCGGCGGUGCACUGUUGCCUGAGCAGUUUGAGAAGGUGAUCAAGAUCAACGAACUGAUACGACAACUGGACAAACUGGGUUUCGACGCGGAGGGAGAGAAGAAGGGCGAAAAGAGUGAAGAUGGAGCUACCGAGCAGGACAAAGACCAGCCAGAGAAAGCAGCAGGAUGAUGAGAUUGCAAUGGGUUGACGGCCUGAUAUGGCUCCUGCUAUCGGAUGUACACCUUCAUCAGGACACCUCUUCCACGCAUGGUCUCGUACAGACCGAAUUCAGUCUCCGUCCGGAAGUUGAC